AUGCCGAAGAAGUCAAAUAAGAUGUGGGGCAACGGCCGCAACAACCGAGGAAACGAAGUAGAUAAGAGCUACUUCGGUCAUGAUGAUCGAGUAGGAAGACAUGGGAAAGAUGGAAGACACCAGGGUCAUAUCAAGCACCGUGUGUCAUUUAAGACCCAUACGCCUAACAACUUGACUCGUAAUUUGACAUUUGUUAAUUUGGAUGACGACAUUCCGAUGAUGACUUCGAAUAACAGUUCGAGACAAGGAGGUCAGUCAGGUCCUAGACGACUUCCUCCUUUGAGAGAAUCCAAUUGGUAUAGAGUUAGUAUACCAUAUGGUCAGAAGUACGAAAGGGAUUUUAUUAUAAAUACCCUUUUGAAUUACAUUGCGCCCGAUGUAUUUGUACCCAUAGUGUACAAAACAUCUGCAACUGAUGCCAGUUUCUACAUAGACGAUUAUAAGACGGCAGUUGCAUUGCAAAACUGUGAUUAUAAGAUCAAAAUGAGUGAUGGAUUUAAAUUGCAAGUGAAAGUGAAACCAGGAUUUCCAGUUUAUGACAUUGAUGAUAAAUUGAAGGAAAGAUUAAAACAAGCAAUGGUUAAGAGAUAUGUACAAGAUACCAAUGCUUUGAAUUUGUCCAAGUUCUAUCUUGAUUCUGAUCUUCGCUCUGAUUACUUUUGUGCAUUGUUCCAUCCGGUUAUGAUGAUGACUGUGUUGGACAUUGUAGCGGAACACAUACCGAAUUUAGAAGCUUUGAGCUUAGAAGGAAAUAAGUUGCAGAAUAUUGAGAGACUUAGUAUACUGACUAAGAAAUUCUCAAAAUUGAAAAUUUUAUAUAUUGGUGAUAAUAAGAUCAGAGACAUCCAUCAAUUAGAUGCUAUUAAGGAUUUAAAACUGGAGGAAUUGAAGUUAACUGGAAAUCCUGUCUGUAAUAAGUAUAAAUCUCGACAAAAUGACUAUGUUAGUGAUGUUCGAAGACGAUUCUCAAGAUUACUGCGUCUGGUUGGCACGGAACUACCACGACCGAUUGUUUUCGAUAUGAUGGAUGAACCUGCUAUAAUUCCUUCGUCGCAAAGGAUGUUUGUCCAAGAUGCAAAAGCUAAAGAAAUUGCAAGUCAAUUUUUGCAACAAUAUUUUACGAUAUUCGAUAAUGAGAAUCGUCAACCUUUACUGGAUGCCAAUAAUGAACAUGCAUCCUUUAGUAUGACAAUAAACACUUUCAAUAAUAACAAGUUAAAUGGACAUUAUUUAGAAAAUCGAAAUUUACUUAGAGUAAAUGAUACGAUUCGAAGAGAGAAAUUUUUGAAACAGGGUAGAUUACCUGUAGUUUCUCUUAUAUCAGAAAUGCCGCGUACAAGGCAUUUACUGAAUACUUUUACUAUGGACAUCUCUCUUGUUACACAAACAAUGAUGUUCAUUACAAUAACGGGCUACUUCCAACAACUCAAUAUCAAGGAAGAGCCCAUCCGCUAUUUCAACCGCACCUUCAUAAUUGUUCCGGAAGGUGAAGGAUAUUGCAUCCGAAAUGAGCAGUUGCAUAUUAGUCAACCAUCUCAGGUGCAGUUAAAGAAAUUGCACCAGCAACUGAAUCAGUUAAAUGCUCAGCAAGCUCAAUCAGAAAUGGAGAUGCUGAGUUCCACAGAAGUGGUGAAGCCUAUCGCCACGGAACCCGACGACGAGCUGAAAAAGCAAAUGGCAUUAACGUUGAGUCAACAGACAAAUAUGAAUUUGGAAUGGAACUUGAAAUGUUUACGAGAAACGCAGUGGAUCUACGAUAAUGCAUUUGCUGCCUUCCAAGAGUUUUUCAAACUUGGACAGAUACCAUCAGAAGCGUUUGCAAAGUAA